AUGAAAGCGACACCCGCCGCCGCGCUGCUCGGCUGCCUCCUCCUCGCCGCCGGCGCCGGCGCCGUCCAGCUCCGCGGCGGCGACGAGCCCCAGGUCCCCGUCACCACCGCCGAGGGCUUCAGGUGGAAGAACCCCUUCGUCGGCCACGGCGGCGACGAGUUCUCCGCGCCCGCCGGCUACGAGGCCGCCUGCGAGGUCGUGGGCACCUACUACGCGCGCGAGCACACGCUGCGCGACCACAUGACCCCGCCGCCGCAGGGGUUCAAGCCCUGGGCCAACCUGCUCAAGGACCUCUUCGGCGGCCGGCCCUUCCCGGGCUCCUGGGAGGGCCGCGACGCGCACGGCUCCCUGCGCACCGUCCUGGUCAUGGACUACGCCGACGUGCCGCCCGCCGUGCGCGAGUGGAUCGACAGCGACGAGGGCCGCCAGAGGGGCCUGUUCGGCGUCUACGACCGCGACACGCCCGACUCGGAGCCCGAGCCGCCCGAGGGCCAGGAGAAGAAGAGCGACGGCAUGGAGGACUGGGGCGACAAGGUCAUGGUUUUCGCGGCCGGGGCGCUGUACGAGGUGCUGCCGCUCUGGGUGGCGGACGAGUCCAAGUGCCAAGCCGCGCUCAAGGACCUAAGCAGGUACAAGCCGGUGGCCGAGGACGGCGCCGUCGUGGCCUGGCCCAUCCAGCACACGCCUCCCGACAGGCGACAUGAUAGGCGGGAAAUCAGGAUCAAGAUCAAGGCCCAGGUGCUCAAGGCCAAGGAGGGGAAACGAGUCGACCUGGUCGAGGAGCUGGAGAAGGACGCAAAGGACGCGAAAGAGGAGCAGAAGAAGAACGCGGCAAAGGAUGGUGAUGAUGGCAAGACGAAAGACGCCAAGGAAUCCGUCUCUGCCGCCAAAGACGAGCUGUGA